AUGUGUACCACUAAGUUAGUUGACAACAUGCUUCUGGAGGAUACGGAACCUUCGGAAGAUAAAACAAUUCCAGAUAGUAAUGUUAUGAUUAAAAAAUGCUUAUGGAUAUUACUUGAUGCUAAACAUUCUCAUAUAGCUCAAAUGGCAGUACCUCUUUUAUUACACUGUAUAACACUUCCAUGUGGAGUUGGAACGUUUUGGCAGAUUAUGCAAUAUGAAUUCCUUAAUGAUGAUUGGCGAGUUCGUUUUACCGCAGUUGAAAAAGCAACAUUGAUUGCAAGAUUUCUAGACUCUACACCGUUAAAGAAAGAGUGCUCUUUACAAGCAACGUUAGCAAAUUUAUUCUGUUACCUUAUUAAUAGUAUGGACGACGACAGUGCUUAUGUAGCGCAGAAGGCAACCCUUUACCUGGGAACAAUUCAUGAUAGUGCUGCUAAGUCAUUGCUCUUGUGUAUGGAGACCCAAUUUAAUAUGAUGAUAGUUGACAGACCACUUAUACUUCAGUCCUUAUAUCAUUUGCACAAUUGCUUAUCAGAUCGACAUAUAUUGACUUGGGAGUUUUUUUUAAAUAGAUUUGAUACUCUAUUUAUUGAAGCACAAAUAAUAUUUGGAAGAGAAGAAGAAGGACAUACUGUUCGAGGUACGUCAAAUAUUUUAUACAAAUCACAUUUAAAUAAGGACCUUGACAAAUAUCAAAACAAAUAA